AGGGGUCGAGAGAUUCUAUUAAUCUCAUAAUAGUAACAAUCUCCAAUUAGAAUCGGAAAGCGGAUUAUUUUAUAGGGUGACAUUUUACCCGACACACGACACUCGUACUAGUACACGCGCUGGAGAAGAACACAGAAUUAUAGAGAAUGGAGACCGAUGCUUCAGCAGACAGUUGUAGCUUUAUCAAAGCCGGACCGAUAGUUGCCGGUACAGACGCCAACGGAGGACACGCGCAUAGUCAUGGAAACGAACACGGUCACACCCACGAAAUUAUGGACGGGCCCGGGAGGUACACAGACCGAGACGUACCCCUCACGCGCACGGACUGGAUUGAGCGAGCUUUUACCGUGGGUAUCGGAGGUCCCGUGGGGUCGGGGAAAACGGCCCUGGUUUUGGCGCUUUGUAAACACAUGCGAGAAUCUCACAACAUCUGCGUGGUUACCAACGACAUUUUCACCAGAGAAGACUGGGAGUUCUUGGUUAGGAAUAAGGCACUUCCUGAAGACCACAUGCGAGCGGUGGAGACUGGCGGCUGUCCACACGCCGCCAUUAGAGAGGACUAUUCAUUGAAUAUGGAGGAAGUUCGCGAGCUCACAAAGAAGUUUCAUCCUAAAUUGGUAAUUGUGGAAUCAGGGGGCGAUAACCUAGCUGCUAACUUUAGCCGGGACCUGGCGGACUAUAUCAUCUAUGUUAUUGACGUGGCGGGGGGAGACAAGAUCCCGAGGAAAGGGGGUCCUGGUAUCACACAAAGCGAUCUGCUGGUCAUUAACAAAACCGACCUAGCUGAAGCUGUAGGGGCUGACCUACAGGUGAUGGAGAGGGACGCGGCCACGAUGAGACAGGCUGGUCCGACUCUCUUUACCCAAGCCAAACACAACAUUGGUGUCCCAGAGAUCGCCACACUAAUACUCACCGCGUGUACAAACAUGACCAGGUCGUAAUGUCGACGUGAAAUGACACAAUUCAGAGAGAGACAAGGGAACCAGUGUUCUUUUCUAACCGAACUGGGUUUUUUUUUCUGUGGAGUGACAUUUCUUGAAAGUUUUCCCCUACUCUUUGCAUUCUCGAGAAAUAACUCCCUAGGCCUCCUUUCAAAAGAACAUGGAUCCAACAUUAGAAUAUUUGCUCUAAUCUGUUGGAUCUGAAAAUUGUCAUAAUGCAACUAUACACAUUUAAAACUUUGUAAAUAUAAAAAUUGUGAUAUUUUCCGGAAUAGCCUUCUAUAUGGAAAAAAACAGUUACAUUUUGUAGUUGGUUACACUUACAAUGGAAACGUCAUUUUGGGUUAUUCUUCUGGUGGCAAUUCAAAGAGAUGACUGUAUUUGCCAUCUGAAAAUGCCAUCGUAAACAUUACCUAAAUUGAUAUAUCAACCUGCCUAUGUCAAUUUAAUGUCGGUGAAAAACAUCUCUUUGAAUUGAAAUACUACCAAUAACCAAAAAUGGUGAUUGUAUUUUUAAGAGUAACCAAUAGCAACUAACUGUGCUUUCCUACUUUAUAGAUGGCUUAAAACACAGAUGUGACCAUAAUCAAGACAGAUGGACUUUAAAGUCCCGUUGAUACGGUUAUAAAGAACAUAUCACUUAGAGAACCUUCUGGUGGUAUAUGUAUGUACUUGUAUGGAGUGAUGAAUGUGGUAGUCUUUUGAACUCAUGAGUAUUGGUACUGUACAAUGUAAGUCAGCUGACCAUAAAUGUUGUUAUGCCAUUGUGUAAGGAGUCAAAAGAAUGACGCAAGCUUGACUCAUUGUACCAUAUUAAAGGGAGUACAAAGUACAAUGUGUGUGAUUCUCACAGAUAAUGUAGUGAACGCUUAUGUAUUGUAUUAUUAUUGCUGUCAUGUUAUCAGGCCAUUAUUCAUUGUAAUAAAAAUACACCAUCACAUGA